AUGUUUUUUCCUCCAGAGAGCUUUGAAGGGAAAACACCACUUGGAUGUUAUAAAGAAGGUUCUUUCUGUAAAAGAAAAGACUUGGGAAAAGGACGAGAGUUUUACAUUGAUAAGGAUAAAAGCAUUCUGCAUCAGAAUGGCGACAUGAAUUUGUUCCCAUCCGCUCAUCCAAAGGCGAAACAAAUCAAUAACAGACAUUUUUCACAGAAAUCCAAUGCUUUCAAUCAUUUUCUAAGGCAAGGGAGGUUAACUGACUGCUUAGAAUUGCUUGAAGACAGGGAAAGAAAAGGCUUGUUGGACAUGGAUAAUGUUUAUCAUGCUGGUUUUUUCCGUGCUUGUAAAAGUCAAAAGGCUGUUAAGGAAGCUUUUUGUUUCACCCAGCUUAUUCCCAAUCCAACUCUAAGCACAUUCAACCUGCUUAUGUCUGUUUGUGCAUGCUCUCAAGAUUCAGAGGGAGCUUUCCAAGUUAUGCAACUUGUACAGGAGGCUGGACUGAAAGCUGACUGCAAACUUUACACUACUCUUAUAUCAACUUGCGCUAAAAGUGGAAAAGUAGAUACAAUGUUUAAGGUUUUUCAUGAAAUGGUCAAUGCUAAAGUGGAACCGAAUGUUCACACAUAUGGUGCACUCAUCGACGGAUGUGCUAAAGCAGGGCAAGUUGCUAAGGCGUUUGGUGCUUAUGGCAUAAUGAGAUCAAAGAAUGUGAAGCCUGACCGAGUUGUAUUCAAUGCACUUAUAACCGCAUGUGGUCAAUCAGGAGCCGUGGAUAGGGCAUUUGAUGUGUUAUCAGAAAUGAUGUCGGAGACACAACCCAUAGAGCCCGAUCAUGUCACUGUUGGUGCUUUGAUGAAAGCAUGUGCAAAUGCUGGCCAGGUUGACCGGGCACGAGAGGUAUACAAUAUGAUUCACCAAUAUAAUAUUAAGGGCACUCCAGAG